AUGUCUAAAAAAGAGAUAGCAUCCGACCUCGAUAAAUCAAAAAUACUUUCCGCAGAACUGCCUACACCCAUGACUUCAUACAACUUGUUACGAGAGAUCGAAUUAACAGACCUGAGAAGUAACAAUAAUGAUACAGAUGCCACGAAAAAAAUCAAAGCAUGCUCAUUGUGGGAAAAGACGCCAUGUUUAGUGCUUGUUGUUCGUAGACCAGGAUGCUGGCUAUGUCGCCAAGAAGCCGUAAAGUUAGCCACCUAUCGAGAACUAAUUACGAAUAAACUUGGAAUAAAUAUGAUUGCAGUCGUACACGAGACCGUUGGAAAACAAGUGAGCGAUUUCAAUAUGGACUACUGGAAGGGGUCGAUUUAUCUGGACGAGAGUAAAGGAUUCUAUCGUGCUCUUGGAAAUGGCGAUUUACGUUGGGAGUCGAUAUUUGGCAUGUUUAAACCAAAAGUAGUGAAGAAUUAUCUCCGUCAGAAAAAAGAAAUUAACUGCGACGGCAACAUGGUAGGCGAAGGACGAAUUCUUGGCGGCCUUCUCAUACUAAACCCAGGUGAUCAAGGUGUCGCAUUCGAUUACCGGGAGAAAAUCAUGGGCGAUCACGCACCGCUCGAACAUGUCUUACAGGCUUGUUAUCAAGUGUCGUCGACAAAAAAUGCGGAUCCAGGCUUGAAGCAGCAAGUCGAGAAAGUGGUCGAGAAAUUGAAGAAGGAGGGGUAUAAACGGGCGGAAGCUUGCUCUGUUGGUGGUUCAUGUGAAUUAUAA